UUCAUUCAUUGCUUUAACUUUUCUAUAACUUCUUCAGUUUAAAAAAAAAUCUUUAAAAAUUCAGUUCUCUAAGCUUUUCCUGAUCUCUGUAGAUGUGACCAAUCAGAUGUUUCUUCCAUCUCAAUCACUUACCAGAAAGAGUACCAUUUUUGAGUCACCUUUCCCAUUUUCCUGGACCCUGACACCAUAGAGACAUUUCAUGUCCCUUCUCCUUAUGUUCUGUUUUCUAGGUGUCACUGAGCUCUGCAGGGGAAGGCGGCCUCUUUUGCGGAGCCACUUCCGGGGUCUUCAUGCCGCCAUGGAUCUGGAUAAACCCUCCGUCUGGGGCUCCUUCAAACAGCGGACCAGGCCUUUGCUGCUCAACCUGAGCAAAAAGAAGGUGAAGAAGCACCCCGACAAACCUCCAGGCUUAGGGGAGCGGCAUCGCCUGGAUCGCCGCCUCAGCCUCUCGGUCCCUGACCUCCUGGAGGCCCAGUCGUCCUACAUCUCCGUGCCCAGCAGCCUGUCCACAGCCGGGAUUGUGUCCAAGAGCUGCAGCAGCUCCUUGAAACAGUCGGAAGAAGAGCUGGACUGGAGCCAGGAAGAGGGAGGCCACCUGCACGCGGCGGAUACGGACUCUGAGGAGACCUUCGCCUCGCCGGCCGCAGACAGGAGGGCUUCCAGCAAUGGCCUCUUCGAUCUGCUCGAGAAGGCGCCUCCGGGAGAGGAUGUUUCGGAGGAUCCAGAGGUGAGGCCCGGGACAGCACCAUCCGUCCCAUUGCGUUUUUCCUUCUUAUUUAUCUACUAGAGGCUCAGUGCACAAAAUUCGUGCACAGGUAGGGUCCCUUAGUGGCUG